AUGAUUGUGACUGGAGAUGAUAAGGCAGAAAUGCAAAAUCUUCAGAAGUAUUUGGCUUCCGAGUUUGAGAUGAAGUCAUUAGGUGAUUUAAAGUACUUUCUUGGGAUUGAAGUUUCCAAAUCUAAACAUGGUAUCUUUCUGUCUCAAAGAAAGUAUAUUUUGGAUUUACUUGCAGAGACUAGAAUUUUGGAUUGUAAACCAAUUGAUACCCCUAGUGAACAAAAUCAUAAGUUGGAGUUGUAUCCUGAUCAAGUCCCUACAGAUAAAGAGCUUUAUAUGGGUGUUGUGAUGCGCAUUUUGAGAUAUCUGAAAGUUACUCCUAGCAAGGGGCUAAAGUUUUGCAAAUAUGGUCAUACAAAUGUGGAAGGGUAUACGGAUUCUGAAUGGGUAGAUUCAGUCACUGAUAGACGUUCUGCAUCUGGGUAUUUCACAUUUGUUGGUGGUAAUCUUGUUACUUAG